AUGGCAGUCCAGCUGCCGUCGAAGGAGCAGUCGCUCUUUCGACACCUUGUACAGUACUACGAAUCGAAGCAAUACAAGAAAGGCCUCAAGGCUGCCGACCAGAUCCUACGCAAGCAUCCGAACCAUGGUGACACACAGGCUAUGAAGGCCCUGAUAUUGAAUAACCAGGGGAAGCAAGAUGAGGCGUUUGAGCUUUGCAAAUUGGCGCUCAAGAACUCGAUGAAGUCACACAUCUGCUGGCACGUGUACGGGCUGCUGUACCGCAGCGUAAAGAACUACGAGGAGGCAAUCAAGGCUUACAGAUUUGCUCUGAAGCUCGACCCGGAAAGCCAACAGAUCCAACGGGACCUCGCGCUUUUGCAGGUGCAGAUGAGGGACUAUCCGGGAUUCGUGCAGAGCCGCAAUCAGAUGCUGCAAGCAAGACCAGCGCUCAGGCAAAACUGGACGGCUCUGGCUGUAGCGCUACAUUUGAAUGGAGAGUUGGAGAAGGCCGAGGACAUCUUGCAGCGCUAUGAGGAGACACUGAAGCAGACCCCGCCUAGAUCAGACAUUGAGCAUUCCGAAGCUGUGUUGUAUAAGAACUCGAUCAUUGCCGAGGCCGGUGAAAUCGAGCGAGCACUGGAACACCUGAAUGCGGUCUACAAGACAGCCUUGGACCGAACAGCUGUGAUGGAGCUGAAGGCAGAUUACCUACUGAGGCUGGACAGAAAGGAAGAGGCUGCCAAGGCAUACCGCGCCUUGUUGGACAGGAACGCCGAGCGAAGAGCAUAUUUCGAAGGGCUAGAAAAGGCACUCGGGCGUGAUCGCGGGAAGGCAGAAGACCAAGAGAAGCUGCGGGAACUAUAUCAAUCGUACGCGGAUAAGAACAAGCGCGCAGAUGCCGCGAGGCGGAUACCGUUGGACUUCCUACACGGCGAAGCGUUCCGGGAACAGGCAGACUCUUACCUCCGACGAAUGUUCCUCAAGGGCGUUCCCAGCACCUUUGCCAAUGUCAAGCAGCUCUACUCGGAUGCCGAGAAGCUCGAGAUUAUUCAACAGCUCGUUGAAGGAUACGUCUCAGAGGGAUCCCAGGCGAACGGCGGAGCAGAACGAAGCGAGCCCAAUGGCAGCGCUGACGGCUCACAUAAAGCUAAUGGUGACCUCAAGGCAACGAAUUGGGCGCUCGCUGUCAACUACUUCCUCGCGCAGCACUACAGCUACCACAUCUCACGCGAUCUUGCAAAAGCUCAGCAGUAUAGCGACAAGGCCAUCUCGCUCAAUCCAUCCAAGACCGACUACACUUAUCAGAUGACUCGCGCUCGGAUACUGAAGCACCGAGGCGACACACAAGCAGCGUCUAAUGCGAUGAACGACGCCAGAGAGAUGGAUCUGAAGGACCGAUACAUCAACACUAAGUGCGCCAAAUAUCAGCUUAGGAACGAUGAGAACCAGGCUGCGAUUGACACCAUGGGUCUGUUCACACGAAAGGAGGCCGUUGGUGGCCCUCUCGGAGAUCUGCUUGAUAUGCAAUGCGUAUGGUUCAUCACUGAGGACGGCGAGUCUUAUCUGCGACAGGGAAAGCUCAAUUUAGCGCUGAAGCGCUUCAAGGCUGUGUAUGACAUCUUCGACGUUUGGCAAGAAGAUCAAUUCGACUUCCACACGUUCAGUCUACGGAAAGGCAUGAUCCGUGCGUACAUCGAUAUGGUGAGAUGGGAGGAUAAGCUACGAGAACACCCUUUCUUCACGCGAGCCGCGCUUUCUGCUAUUGGGGUCUACCUCUCACUCUACGAUAAGCCGGAAUUGAAGAGCGCGUCAUCCAAUGGCGCUGCAGGCGGAAAUUCAGCCGAGGCGAAGAAGGCAGCGAAGAAGGCGAGAAAGGAAGCAGAAAAGGCCGAGGCCGAGCGCAAGGCAGCUGCCGCAAAGAAGCCUCAACCGAAAGCAGAUGAAGAGGGUAACGUAAAGAAGGAGGACCCAGAUCCGCAAGGCUUAGAGCUGUUGAAGACGGAGACACCACUGGGCGAGGCCAUGAAGUACCUCAGCCCACUGCUUGAGCUGAGCCCCAACAACGUUGAUGGGCAAAUAGCUGGCUUCGAGGUCUACAUGAGGCGGAGUAGGUGUUCCAGUUCCCGUGAUGCAGAAACAUAUGCUGACAAUAUUGCAACAGAAAAGUACCUUCCAGCCCUUAGAUGUCUCUUGGCGCUUCGCAAGCUCAACCCGCAUCACCCGAAGUGUCACGAGCUUGGCGGAAGAUUCAAGCUGGCAAUUGAUCACCUUCCGGAGCCAUUGCCCAAGCAAACACAGGAUGUUCUUCAGGAGCUCUACCUCUCCAAGCUGAGUCCCAAGUCAUUGGAACAAGUCAAUGAGGAAUAUCUUGAGUCUCAUAAGGCUAGCGCACCUCAUGUACAGUCGGUGGUGCGAUUCCGAAACUUUCUCAAACCUGGAGCGGAGGAGAACAAGUCGAGAGGCGCAAAGGAACUGCUAGCCACAAUUGAUCUGCCGAGUACAUCGCUACAAGACGCAGUGGAGGGUGCGCGAAUACUCGACGAGCUCAAGGCUGAUAAGCAGCCUUAUCUGGAAGCCGCGCGGAACCGAUGGCCUGAAGCUACAGUACUGAAGGCUUGA